CCUCCCCCGCGCGCGCAGGGCUUCAUUCGAUCAAAUCCUUCAUCUGGGACCACUUCGCCGAGUCGCACUUUUUAACACUACAGAACAAUUGGACGAGCCACAACUUGCGACGAGUUCUGUUGCUUAACAUCAAUUACAGUCACAAAGGGAAGAGAAGAAGAGAGUAAAAAAAGACUUGUAUCCAGACUGAGUAUCUUUCUCUGCCACCAGCUAUGGAGAGGGGGGUCAGAUUAUGCCCUAUUUGGCACACCUGCGUUUUUUGGUUUCUGCUUUUGAUAAUUCUAUCUUUCUUUCUAGCCGCUAAAUCAGAGAUAACUUGCAAAUCAUGUCAGCCGGGAGAUAAGGGGCGUAUUAAGGAAUUACUGCUUAAAACGGACACACGAGAAUUCGCAACAGGGCACGGAGGGGAAGUUAUUGGAAAUGGAGACGGGACAACUGCUUCACAGAGUUUAAAUUCUGCAAGUGCCGAAACUCAAAAGCUUGAUUGCGCAGCUGGGUCCGAUGAAUGCAUCCAGGGGAAAUACAUGUACUCAAGGCGAAAACGGAAUACUGACAUGCUGCUCCGUUCCAAGAACGCACUACUCGAUGGAGGGACGCACUACGGUGGUGGUAAACAGAGAAAAUUCACCCCGCGCGGUGAGUACAAAGUUUCCAACCUGAAAAUGAAUCGUCAUGCAGGCAAUACAGAUGUCGGGAAGGUUCGCGCAGAUUUAAUUCCUGGCGUCACACACAAGCACCGAGUUCGUAGGGACAGCCCGAGAGCUAAUAUUGGGGAUGAUAAAGUGAAGUCCUCCGGCUCACCCCAGAGAAGGGAGAUACUGCCUCUGAGUUACUCGCGAGACGGCAUCACCUCACCGGCUGGGCGCAGCAGAGUGACACGGUCCGAAUUGCGAUGGAGCAACGACAGAAGAGCGGCCAGUUCGAGGCAGGACGAACUCAAACUCACCAGUUCAACCUUCGCAUUGACCGGAGAUUCCUCUCACAACCAAGCCAUGGUGCACUGGUCUGGGCAAAAUAGCAGUGUGAUUCUCAUGCUGACCAAGCUGUUUGACUUCAACCUGAACAGUGUCACAGAGAGCUCAUUGUGGAGGUCAACCGACUACGGGACCACUUACCAGAAGCUCAAUGAGAAAGUGGGGGCGAAAACAAUCCUCAGCUACUUGUACGUCAGUCCCAACAACAAGAGAAAGAUCAUGCUUCUGACUGACCCGGAGGUGGAAAGCAGCCUGCUGAUCAGCUCCGAUGAGGGAGCCACCUAUCAGAAGUACCGCCUCAGCUUCUACAUCCUCAGCCUGCUCUUCCACCCCGAGCAGGAGGACUGGAUCCUUGCCUACAGCCAUGACCAGAAGCUGUACAGCUCGGUGGAGUUUGGAAGGAGGUGGCAACUUGUCCAUGAGAGGGUGGCCCCCAAUCGAUUCUACUGGUCGAAAACGGGUUUAGACAAAGAACCGGGCUUAAUUCACCUGGAAACCAUCAUCUCUGAAGGACAGGCGCUGUACGUCACCUGCAAGCUGCAGAACUGCACCGAGGCCAAUAAGGGCAAGCCGUUCCCUGGCUACAUUGACCCCAAUUCCCUUGUGGUGCAAGACGAGUAUGUGUUUGUCCAGGUGUCAACUGGUGGGCGUCCAAUCUACUACGUGUCAGCCAAGCGGGAAGUCUUCACACCCAUGAAGCUACCCAAGUACACCUUGCCUAAGGAUCUGCAUGUGAUCAGUACGGAUGAGAACCGGGUGGUUGCGGCGGUGCAGGAGUGGAACCAGAACGACACCUACAACCUGUACGUGUCAGAGACUGGAGGGGUCUUCUACACCCUGGCCCUGGAGAACGUAGUCAGCAGCAUGGGGCACGAGGGCAACGUCAUGAUAGACCUGUAUGAGGUGGCGGGUAUAAAAGGGAUGUUCCUCGCCAACAAGAAGAUGGACAACGUGGUGAAGACUUACAUCACCUACAACAGAGGGAGAGACUGGAGGCUACUGCAGGCUCCCACUGCUGACCUGAGGGGCAACAGCAUCCGCUGUGAACUACCAUACUGUUCCCUACACCUCCACCUACAUGUGUCGGCCAAUCCCUACACGUCGGGGAAUAUCGAGAGCAAGGACUCUGCCCCGGGGAUCAUUGUGGCCUCAGGCUCCAUCGGAGUGGAGUUGACCACCAGCAACGUGAGCAUGUUCAUCACCUCGGACGCCGGCAACACGUGGAGACAGAUCUUUGAUGAGGAGUACAGUGUUCUCUACCUGGACCAAGGAGGGGCCCUGGUGGCUAUAAGACACACUCCACUCCCCAUCCGACACCUAUGGAUGAGUUUCGACGAGGGGAGAGAGUGGAAUAAAUACAGUUUCACCAUGUCGCCCCUGUUUGUGGACGGGUUACUAGGGGAGCCGGGGGAGGAGACUCUCAUCAUGACGAUCUUUGGCCACGUCAGUCACCGGUCCGAGUGGCAGCUGGUCAAGAUUGACUUCAGGUCCAUCUUCAACCGGAGAUGUACAGAGGGGGAUUACCAGACAUGGCACCUACACAACCGGGGCGAACCAUGCAUCAUGGGAGUGAAAAGAAUCUACAGGAAGUUGAAGCCCAUAGCCAGGUGCGUUAUGGGUAAGACGUACUCGGUCACAAUGACCUCGGCGCCCUGCGACUGCACAGAGGCUGACUUUGAGUGUGACUAUGGCUACGAUAGGCGGAGUGACGGCAAGUGCACCCCUGCCUUUUGGUUCCUACCAUCGUCGAUGUCUAGAAGCUGCACCACAGGGACUACUUUCAUCAACAGCACAGGCUACAGGAAGGUUGUGUCCAAUAACUGCACAGCGGGCGUGAUAGCAGAGUACACGGCCAGGAGGCAGCAUUGUCCUACCCAGGCCCCCAAAGGCCUGCACCUCGUCACCAGUGAAGGAAAGCUGACAGCUACGCUGGGCACCAAUGUCACCUUCCUGGUGUUUCUUGAAGAGGGCGACGGAGCCAGGACCAGCAUCAUGGUGGACUUCGGGGACGGUCACGCUCUGACCUACUCCAACGUGAGCUCCAUUGAGAAUGGGGUCAAGCACGUCUACAAGGCUGUCGGGAUCUACCGUGUGACCGCUACAGGAGAGAACAGCCUGGGGUCGGAGAGCGCGGUGCUGUACCUCCACGUCACAUGUCAGCUGGAGUAUAUCCAUCUCUCCGCUCCCUUUGUGGCGGUGAAGAGUAAGGAAGUCAACCUCACCGCUGUGCUGUGGCCUAGCCAAGUGGGAACAGUCACCUACAUCUGGUGGUUCGGAAAUAACACUGAGCCGAUAAUCACCCUGGAAGGGAGCGUGGCGUGCACGUUCUCCAGGGAAGGCGUCAACACUGUCACCGUGCAGGUGUCCGCUGGGAACGCCAUCCUGCAGGACCGGAAAACCAUCGCUGUCCACGAAUAUUUCAGGUCACAUCUACUAGCCUUCUCAUCUAACCUGGACGACCACAACCCCGACGUGGCCGAAUGGAGACUGGACGUCAGCAGAGUCAUCAAGAACUCCAUGGUCAAAGCCACAGGGGUGACCCCGGAGCGGCUCCUUGUCACCGUCCUACCAGGUUUGCCCACGGCAGCAGAGUUUUUCCUCCUGCCAGACAAAGAGUUAACAGAGGGCAAGCCGGAGAAGAACUCCGCUCAUUUAGACCAGCUCACUGAAAUCUUACUUAGCGCCCUCAACCAAAACCUGGUCCAGUUCACGCUUCGGCCUGGGGUCCAGGUCACAGUAUACGCUGCACAUUUGUCAGCAGCGCCCCUAGUGGACACGAGUGAGAACCACAGCGGCUCGGCCAUGCUGAUGCUGCUGUCGGUUGUGGUUCUGGGUUUGGCGAUAUUUGUCGUCUACAAAUUCAAAAGGAAGAUCCCAGGCCUCAACGUCUAUGCGCAGAUGCAGAACGAAAAAGAACAAGAAAUGAUCCAGAGUCCAGUAAGUCCUACGGAAAGCACCCUGGUGUCCCCGAACACUCCGAGGGAGCUGGUGACUUCUCCAGAGCUUAUGGACACAGAGUUGAACACACGGCCCAUCGGAUGCAUCAAAUCUCACGCACAUGUCAAGUUCUCAACGGAACUCCCCACGUACAUCAACGUUUAAAAACUCUGGACAACUCCGAAAACAGCGACUCCAUUCAGUGUCAUGGACUUUUUGAAUCAUUUGAGCGGACACAAUGGUUUUGAGCUUUAUACCUGUGCAUGUUGGACUUUACUGACUUUGCUGACACUUACUGUGCUCUGUGAAAACCAGAAGAAACUGUAUACAGGUUUUUGUUUUUUUCAUAAUGUAUGUCUAUCCAAUAAAAAAUAAUUUUUGAUGAAAUGUAUUUAUACAAAGUCAAGUACAUAACUACAAAUGGAAAGCCAGCAUGAUCUAAAGAAAAAAAGACACACAAAAACAACACUCUUUUGGUUCGCUUACUGUGAGUGUCUUUCAUCCUUUUUCGCUACUGUGUGUCGCUACCAGAGGUGGUACACUAUUUAUUCAGUAUAUAAUUGAAUUUAAAAUCACAUUUAUUUUGUAAAUCAUGAAUGUCUGUGUGAUAUUUGUGUAUUUUAAUAACAAAUUACAAACUGAAAAACUAUAUCAAUUAUUAAUACAACAAUUUUGUUUCCGUUCACUGUCUCACGGAAAGCUGAUUAUGGCACAAUACACUUUUGUACUGAAAUGUUUUGUUUUUGCUUACAAUGUAAUAAUUCAAAGACAGAUACAGGGUUUGGUUGUCUCUUGAUUUGGUGAUUUUAUUGAACUUUGCUGUUAAUCUCUACACUACGAGCUGUAUUUAACGAGAAACACUAGUUGUAUGACACUUUGUUUUUUCCCCCGCUUGCCUGAGAAACAUGUUGCUAGCCUGCUACCAUGAUAGGGACUUCAAGAGAAGCCAAUGUAGAUGCAUUACGUUUUCAGUUCCCUCUGACACCAUGCAUUAGUUACACCUGAUUUCAUAGAAGAGAAAUGGGCAGAAGACAGUUAUUUCGGGGGGGCAUCAAAAUCAGUCAAUAUCCUCUCAAAGUAACCUUUUCUUCCGAAGUUAUCUGACGUCCCAAUUUGGAGGUUGCAAAAGUUCAAAUGAAAUACAGCUGCUUUAAGAUCGAAUAUCAAGUGGAGCGUUCAGAGCGAAAAAAAGAGUGGACUGCCUUUUAGGACAAGACACACCAGGGCAUUGAAAUAGGGAGAACAGAACAGAACUGGAAGUCUAGUCGGGAAUUGAGUUAAUGCAGCCAGUCAAGCUCAAUGCUGGUUAAGGUUGGUGACACAUUUAGGCUAAUAUCCCCCAGCCUCGGUCCUGUAUACUCCAUCUCCUUAGCGUAUUAAACCCCUUUUCAAGAACCAAAGGAAGUAGAGCGCAGAUAGUAGAGGAUGGUAGGGUACAUGGAUGGUUAACUUGUUUUGAGAAGCAGGUUUAGAUGCAGUCGAACCCCGAAGUGUUUCACAUGUGGAAUCUGACAGUCGUGAUUGUUUGAUUGAUGGUUAUUGAAUUUCUGAAGGCCCUUCUUAUUGUCCUUGUCGUUCCAUAAAGAGAAUUAUGGAGGGAAAAUUAUGAUAUUUCUGGAAUCUUCAUGUAACCAUUAUUCCUACUGUAGCUGGACAGUGAUGCUAAAAUAUUCCGCGUGACUUGAACUAUGUAGCAUACAUAUUGUAUAGACACACGAACACCCACCCACCAACACACAACCUAGAAUGUACAGUACCAGUCAAGUUUGGACACACCUACUCAAGUUUUUUUUUUUUUUUUUUUUUUACUAUGUUCUACAUUGUAUAAUAAUAGUGAAGACAUCAAAAUGAUAAAAUAACACAUAUGGAAUCAUUUAGUAACCAAAAAAGUGUUAAACAAAUCAAAAUAUAUUUGAGAUUCUUCAACGUAGCCACCCUUUGCCUUGAUGGCAGUUUUGCAGUUCCCUUGGCAGUCUCAAAACCAGCUUCACAUGGAAUGCUUUUCAAAAAGUCUUGAAGGAGUUCCCACAUAUGCUGAGCACUUUAUGGCUGCUUUUCCUUCACUCGCGGUCCAACUCAUUCCAAACCAUCUCAAUUGGGUUGAGGUUGAGUGAUUAUAGAGGCCAGGUGAUCUGAUGAGGCACUCCAUCACUCUCUUUCUUGGUCAAAUAGCCCUUACACAGCCUGGAGGUGUGUUUUGGGUCAUUGUCCUUUUGAAAAACAAAUGAUAGUCCUACUAAGCGCAAACCAAAUUGGAUGGCGUAUCGCUGCAGAAUGCUGUGGUAGCCAUAUUGGUGAAGUGUGCCUUGAAUUCUAAAUAAAUCACAGACAGUGUGUCACCAGCAAAGCACCAUCACACCUCCUCAUCCAUGCUUGACUGUGGGAACCACACAUGCGGAGAUCAUCCAUUCACCUACUCUGCGUCUUAGAAAGACACGGCGGUUGGAACCAAAAAUCUCACAUUUGGACUCAUUAGACCAAAGGACAGAUUUCCACCAGUCUAAUGUCAAUUGCUUGUGUCUCUUGGACCAAGCAAGUCUCUUCUUAUUAUUGGUUUCCUUUAGUAGUGGUUUCUUUGCAGCAAUUCAACCAUGAAGGACUGAUUCACACAGUCUCCUCUGAACAGUUGAUGUUGAGAUGUGUCUGCUACUUGAACUCUGUGAAGCAUUUAUUUGGGCUGCAAUUUCUGAGGCUGUUAACUCUAACAAACUUAUCCUCUGCCGCAGAAGUAACUUUGGGUCUUCCUUUCCUGUGGUGGUCCUCAUGAGAGACAGUUUCAUAAGAGCGCUUGAUGGGUUUUGCGAGUGCACUUGAAGAAACUUUAAAAGUUCUUGAAAUGUUCCGCAUUGACUGACCUUCAUGUCUUAAAGUAAUGAUGGACUGUCGUUUCUCUUUGCUUAUUUGAGAUGUUCUUGCCAUAAUAUGGAUUUGGUCUUUUACCAAAUAGGCUAUCUUCUGUGUACCACCCCUACCUUGUCACAACACAACUGAUUGGCUCAAACUCAGGAAAGAAGGAAAGGAAAGAAAUUCCACAAAUUAACAUUUAACAAAGCACACCUGUUAAUUUAAAUGCAUUCCAGGUGACUUCCUCAUGAAGCUGGUUGAGAGAAUGCCAAGAAUGUGCAAAGCUGUCAUCAAGGCAAAGAGUGGCUACUUUGAAGAAUCUCAAAUAUAAAACAUAUUUUGAUUUGUUUAACAGUUUUUUGGUUACUACAUAUUUCCACAUGUGUUAUUUCAUAGUUUUGAUGUCUUCACUAUUAUUCUACAACGUAGACAACAGUAAAAAUAAAUAAAAAACCCUUGAAUGAGUAGGUGUGUCCAAACUUUUGACUGGUACUGUAAGAGAAAGAAAGAAACAGGACAACGUUCAUGUCUUUGACCUUAGAAAUAAGAGGUAUUUUCAGAUAGAUAUGCACUGGAUACACCAAUGUAUUGUACGAAUUCAGAUAUCAUUUACUUAACUCAUCGUUACAUUGCUAUCUUCCAAUAGUGUUUCAUAGCAACGCUUCUUAUAUAUUUCACUAUGAAAAAUUGCCCAUCCUCUGGUUUAAACAUGUAUAUUUGAGGCUGCAUGCUAGUACUUUUUUAAAUAACAAACCUAAUUUCAUCUUCUGUUUAUUUUGAUAAAUGUUUUUCUUACAAAUUGACAAGACAUAGGCUAUUUCCUCUCAGAAAGACUACUAUAAAGUUGCUAUUAUUUUAUGUAUAUCAAGAAUUAUGACAAUGUAACAGCGUUUGGCUAAUGUUUUAAUAAAUGACUGGUUGAACUACAGAAUAUAUAACUCCAUCAGAGCAGCAGGAAACUCUAGCAAUAUGACCCUAUAUUUACUUCUGAUUAUCAUCACAUUAAAGGAUUUGAGAGACUUCUGAGUGAAUGGUCUCUUUAACAUAAGUCUUCGAAUUACAAGCUUUGCGUGCUCCAUAUAAGUAUUUUGACCUAUAGAACAAUGGCGGAGCUCUCAGAACAAUCCCUUAGGCAAUAUUCAGCUGAGAACGAUUCCACCGGCCCACACUGGUUCAAGUUAAGCCCCUUCUGCCUUUGAAUCCUUCAGGUUCACAAAUGGUGGAGGACAAGUGGAACUUCCUUGAAGCUCUGCUGGCAAGUGAUAUGGAAACUCUGGCCCGGGAUGUUUAGACAUAUUGUGAUGUCACAGGACAGGAACCCAAGGUGUGGGCUGGGCUGUAUACGAACGACAGACUAGCUAGAGCAAGAGACGGGCAUGUCCAGUUCUCAACAGCCUGAAUGUCUUAUUUCUAAAGCAGUUCUAAUAUGGACACCGUAAAACCUUAUUUAACAUCUGAAACAAGGUCUGAUUCUACCAGGUAAACCAGCAGUAUGGUGUCCAUUUUAGGACCGUAUCCAGGUGUGUGAAGGCAUUAAAAGGAAACCAGCAGACACACACGCUUCACGAGGACUUGAUUUUGUUCAUCCCUAAACUAUAACUUCGCUCUCUUCCCCCCAUAGAUUUAGUGAGAUUAUUUUUGUAGACAGAGUUUUAUUACUGUAAAGCUUUUAUAUAAAAAAUACAAAACUUUAGGUGUACAAUGUUUUUUUGUUUUGACCUUAAAUGUGCUGUGUGUAAUUGUUUUAUGCAUUUACAAUCAUAUUUAUUAAAUGGAAAGAAAGUUGAUGUUAACAGUGUUUUCAUUUUUUUACAAUAUUUGUAAAAAAAAAUACUAUGUAUUUGCGGAAGUUAUAUUCAACCUAUAAAGAAAAUCGAAUUAAA